CCCAAACUGUUAAACGGAGAGCAGGAUGUCGGAGGGAGAGGAGGCCGGGCGCUGUCGGAGGGAGAGGAGGCCACGGCGCUGUCGGAGGGAGAGGAGGUCGCGGCGCUGUCGGAGGGAGAGGAGAUCGAACCAUGUCCUCUGACCAAGGAGAUUCUGAUCCCGGUUUGUCUCUUUUGUGUCGCACCGAACGGCCUGGCACACGCCUUCGUUAAGCUCCAACUGGAAAACAGACGUCUGACAGACAUGGCCCUGGUCAGCUCGUUUGUCCACCUGCGUUUCCUGGACGUGUCAUCCAACCACCUCUCUGACCUUUCACCCCUGGCUGCCCUCACACAGCUGCUGUGGCUGAAGGGCGAUGGUAACAUGGUGGCCGGGUUCAGAGGUCAGCCCCUGGGUCAGCUGACAUACCUACAGUGGCUGAGUCUGGCCCUGAACCGCAUCAAAGACCUGGAAGGCCUAGAAGGCCUCGGCCUAGAGAGCCUCAACCUCAUUGGUAACGGUAUCCAGAGGGUGUCGGGGCUACGGUACCAUCACCUGACCAACCUGGUGACUCUGGAACUGAGAGGAAACAAACUGGAGACCACCGACGGGAUAUACCUACCCAACCUCCGACGCCUCUACCUGGCCCAGAAUACUAUCAAGCGCCUGGAGGGUCUGGGUAAGCUGGAGCGUCUGACCACCCUGCACCUCCGAGACAACCAACUGGAGACUCUAGAUGGCAUCAGUCCCAACAUGAAGGCCCUGCAGUACCUCAACAUCAGGUAG